AUGAGUUCCAGACCCUAUGAAAUCAUUGUCCUUGGAGCUACUGGUUGGACUGCCACGAUUUGUGCUGAACACAUCGCCAGAGCGUUCCCAAUCAACACAAAAUGGAGUAUAGCAGGCCGGUCGGCAGCCAAGCUCGAAGCGUUACGCCAAUCCCUACGGAUCAUCAACCCUGACAGGCUGGAACCAACUGUUCACAUCUGCUCGGGGGAGAUGACUAUGCUCGGUAUGCGGGGUGGAUCGUUACACACCGUGCUUGAUGUUGCAGAGAACUAUGGUGUAAGAGGAUGGUUGACUGUUGACACUUACAUCUCAGUGGUGCUCAUUCAUAUCAUCAGCAAAAUUGGUAUCCUCUUUCUUGCUGUGCCUUGGUUUCGAUCAUUUUUUCGCACGAAAUCGUUUAGUCCAGGAGAUGGACCAGACCGAACAGAGAGUCGAAAGACUGAAAGUGCCGAGUGGAAGGCUGUCGGUUACGUGACUGGAGUAGCAGAGCCAGUCGCGUUUUCGAGAUUUGCUUUUCAAGGAGCGUUGGUGGAUAUGGCGGCAAUUCUGGCUGUAGAGGCUGUGGCAACGAUUAAUGAUAAGCUCAAAUUUAAGGACAGCAAUCAAGUAAAGGCAAGUUUGUCAACCCCUUCGACUCUGGGGCAAACAUUUGUAGAUCGCCUUCGUACAACAGGAUUUACCAUUGAGAUUGAGGGAUCAAGGAAUGCCGAUCAAAUGGCAGGCACGUUAUGA